AUGCUGGCAGAUGAAGAGGAAGGUGUAAUGUUCUCUGUUUUCUGUUAUUCCAGCUGGAUGGGUAUCGCUGCCCACGUCCACUGGAUCGCCACUGUCUUCGAGCGAUCUGGACGAGCUGCACCGCUUGUGCGCAGAAGGCAGCCCGCAGUCUAUGCGAACAAAUGCAAGGCGUGCGGCAAUCGCGCUAGGCCUGGUGCACGACCCAUCGCCGUACACAGCCAAUGCAACACUCGAAACCGCUACGCUAUCGAUAGCGUGCAACAGUGUGGUGCAGAUGCCCAACCACUCGCGCAAUGCAGACUACAUGCUCAUGAAGACCGAAGCACGCGGCUACAGCUGAUGCUCGAUCUGGUGACUCGUUUGUCCCCGGGCUUACACGGAUCUCUUCGGCUAGACUCGAGGUCGUUCGGGACCCAACUCGAGGCCUACAUGGCGGCUGUCGGGCGCACGCAGGGCGAGGAUGCAAUGUCACCUGAGCAGCGUACCACCAAGGACGCUCGGGAAGCCGCGAGCCGUAUGCACGUAUCCGCAUCUCGUAUAGCAUUCGGCUACUACAAGGGAAACUCAACCGUUAGCACGGUAGAAAUCGAGCCAGACAUGGAAGCCCGCCCGCAACGACGCAAACGAGAAGCUCCUCAUGCCAUUGUUCACAGCAUGGCGCUCGAACUUCAGCAUACCCACACCAGUGACACCACCAUGCCCAACCAGACCUGUUCGAUGAAUAACUACGUGCAACUUACGGCAGACGAGUUUUCUGUGACGGCCACCGUCAGCUCAGAGAUGAUUGCUCGAGCCAAUUCCCGCUUUGUUGCGUUGACAUACAUCCGGGAACGGUUAACCAACUAUCCCCUUCUCACGUCAGGAAAAUGUGGAUCCGUAACCCCGCAGAUAGCCUCCCUACUUCACGAGUCGAAUGCGGCACAGACUUCUUCAAGCGACAUUGAUUGUGACCGGGCGGGUUGGGAACCUCUAGUCCUGCUGCUGCAGACUCAACCGUCAGCGCAAAAUUCAGACGGGGAGACACCUGUCUUGAGGAAGAUCAUGGAGAACCAUGCACUUGGGUUCUGCGACAUGGUCAGCAACAGAGUUCUGAUAGGGGCAUUUUGGAAGCGAAACCAGGUCCCGGGAACUCUGCAGCCAACGCAUGGAGAAACAUCAAACACCAUCCAACACCUUCUCUCCGCCAAGCGUCCUCAUAUCUACGCACUCUCCCUACGCCGCCGCAAGUUUGGUGUCCUCUGUUUUGACAACGACGAUAAUGAGAAUACAACCCGGACGCCGAUGUGCGAAGCGAAACGUCUACCGCAUGCACGUCGAUUGGUGCGCCGCACACGACAUGUUCCCGCUUUCGGUGGCCUUUCUCUCGCAAUCGUCGCAACUUUCUCAAUUCAAUCACCUCUCGCAAACUUCUCAGGCACUCGCGUGCACAACCGUAGAGCUGGUGGCACAUCCAACCGAUGCAGAUCACAUCAACGGCCUCACAAUCGUAGAGUAGGAUUCUACGCCAAUUUGCUAGAGGAUGUGGUGGGGAAUAUGGAUAUGGAUCUGGACAACGAGCCGGCUCAAAUGAUGAUUGACUCAACAUCACACCUCAAUCACUUCCGUGGGAGGCUCAUAGAAGCCUUGUCCAUCAAAAGAAAAGCAACAGAGAAGCAAACGGGGGGAGCAAAGUUCCGGAAGUUUAUCAGAGCAAGGAAAUGAUGGCAAACUCCGCUUGUAUGCCGAGAAGCGUGUGCGAAUGCGAACCGUAGAGCAGGAUCCGUAGAUAGUCAC